AUGUGGUCGACCGCGGCGUGGUGGUGGGCCCACCACCACAUACGCCUCCUUCUCCCGGCCCUCUUCCUCGCCGCCGCCCUCUUCUUCUUCCUCGCCUCCCCGCGCUCCUCCCCAUCCUUCUUCGCCCUACCGGCCUCCAGGGAGCAUUCGCCGUCGGGGUCGCGGCUCAUAUGGGCGCAGCGGCGUUUGGCGGAGUGGCGGCCGUGCGAGUGGUGGCAGACGGCAAUGCCCGCAGCUCCGUCGACGAGGAAUGGCUACAUCAGGAUAGAUUGCUACGGCGGCCUCAACCAGCUGCGGCGCGAUCUGUGCGAUGGAAUUGCGGUUGCACGUCUUCUGAACGCGACAAUGGUUCUGCCCAAGUUUGAGGUUGCUGCAUACUGGAAUGAGUCUAGUGGUUUUGCAGACGUGUUUGAUGUUGAUCACUUCAUUGAGCAAACUAGAGGUUAUGUGGAAGUGGUGAAGGAUAUGCCCGAGGAGAUAUCGUUGAAAGAGCCAUUUAAGGUCGAUUGCCGAAAACGGAAAGGACAUUUUGAUUAUGUAGAAACAGUUCUUCCAGCUCUUUUAGAACAUCGAUACAUUUCUCUGACACCUGCCAUGAGCCAAAGAAAAGAUAGAUAUCCAGCACAUGCGAAAGCUUGUUACUGCCAAGGUUGCUACAAUGCACUCCAGUUGAACAAGAAGGUGGAAGCCAAAGCUAUGGAGCUUCUCCAAGCGAUACCAAAACCUUUCUUAUCACUUCACCUUAGAUUUGAACCAGAUAUGGUUGCCUACAGUCGAUGUGAAUACAGUGCCCUUUCUUCCAAAUCACUGGAUGUGAUUGAAGCUGCACGUGGGGAGGACAGGAAUGUAUUGAUUGGUGAUGCUGCUCGUCUGUGGAGGAACCGUGGAAAGUGCCCUCUAACACCAAGUGAGACAGCAUUUAUCCUCCAAGCACUAGGUAUUCCUACGGAGACAAACAUUUAUUUAGCUGCUGGGGAUGGGUUAAUGGAACUCGAGGGCUUCACUUCGAUCUACAAAAAUAUGUAUACUAAAUCGUCUCUCCUGACUCAUGAAGAUUUUGAGAGGAUGCAUGGCAACACAAAAGCUGCUCUCGACUACUAUGUUUCAGUCAACAGCGAUGCUUAUGUUACCACAUUCUUUGGAAAUAUGGAUAAGAUGGUAACUGCAAUGAGAACAAUGCAAGGGCUGCAGAAGACAUUGGUCUUGAGUAGGAGGGCCUUCGCAAACUACACGGCUGCUGGACUGGCAGGGGACCAACUAGCUAAGGCCAUGUGGGAUGCUCACCGAGAGGAUUAUAUCAUGGGGAGGGGAUUAGCUCUCCCUGAACAUUGCUUUUGUGAGUUCAAGUUGUAG